GACCUGUGGUUCUAUGAAUGUUUCAUCGCAUUUAUCUCGGCGAGUGAUUGAGUGUGUCUUCCCCUCGUUCCCCGGAUCUUGUUCGUCCUCUCCGGCUUACAUCCAUCUCGCUUGAUCCUCCUCCAUCAUGGCCGUGGGCAAGAAAGGCAACUUCUCCAAGGAGGACGAGCUCAUGCUGCAAGAUUUCUCCAAGAACGUAUCGGCCAAAUCGUCGGUCUUGUUCUACGGUAAUGCCUUCAUCGUGUCCGCCAUUCCAGUGUGGUUGUUCUGGCGCAUUCACGCCAUGGACAUGACUAGCUCGUCCAUCCUGUUCGGAGCCCUGACCUUGGUCUCCACGUGGUUGGUGGCCUUUGCCUACCGCAAUACCAAACAUCUUCUCAAGCAUAAAGUGGCUGCCAAACGCGAGUCCGCCAUCGCCAAGGAAAUGAACAAGAAGUUGGCCGAUGAUAAAAAGAUUAGCAAGAAGGAAAAAGACGAGCGGAUCUUGUGGAAGAAGAACGAAGUGGCCGAAUAUGAGGCCACUACCUUCUCCAUCUUCUAUAACAACGCCCUCUUCUUGGCCGUCCUUGUGUUUUGCUCGUUCUAUCUUCUCCGUGGCCUCACCCCGCAUUUCAACUACGUGGCCUCCAUGGGUGCUGCUUCUGGACUCAUUGCUCUCCUGUCCACCGCUAGUAGCCUGUAAUGUGUUCCACGAACUGACAAGCGUCUGGACUCACGUUUAUUGUUAUACCAAACAAACUCGGGUCAACAUAAUCAUCUUUGUCCUGAAAAUAAAAAAUGUAAAUCGUUCA